GUGAUCUUCAAGAUGGUGGAAAAAUGACAGAUGAAAACCAAAUUGUUGUAGAUAGAAAUGACCUCGUCCCCAAAGUGUUAACCGUGAAUGUAGGGGAUGAGUUUUGUGGUGUGGUUGCCCACGUUCAGACUCCAGAAGACUUCUUUUGUCAGCAGCUACAAAGUGGACAUAAGCUCGCUGAACUUCAGGCAUCCCUUAGCGAGUACUGCGGUCAAGUGUCUCCACGCUCCGAUUUUUAUCCAGCUGUUGGUGAUAUCUGUUGUGCUCAAUUCUUGGAGGAUGAUCAGUGGUACCGGGCCUCCAUUUUGGCUUAUGCUUCUGAAAAAUCUGUCCUGGUUGGAUAUGUAGACUAUGGAAACUUUGAAAUCCUUAGCUUGACAAGACUUUGUCCUAUAACCCCGAAGUU